AUGAAGUUCUCGGGCCUCCUCGGCCUCCCGGCGUUGCUGGCCACUGCGCUCCUGGCGCCCGCGGCGCUCGUCGGAGCCGAACACACGAGCAACUGGGCAGUGCUGGUGUGCACCUCGCGAUUCUGGUUCAACUACCGCCAUUUGGCGAACGUCUUGUCCAUGUACCGCACCGUCAAGCGGCUCGGUAUCCCCGACUCGCAGAUCAUCCUCAUGCUCCCCGACGACAUGGCCUGCAACCCACGCAACGCGUUUCCCGGGACGGUGUAUUCGAACGCCGACCGCGCCGUCGAUUUAUAUGGCGACAACAUCGAGGUGGACUAUAGGGGAUAUGAAGUGACGGUGGAGAACUUUAUCCGGCUGUUGACGGACCGUGUUGGGGAGGAGAUGCCGCGCAGCAAGAGGCUGUUGACGGACGACCGAAGCAAUAUCCUGGUGUACAUGACGGGCCACGGUGGGAACGAGUUUCUCAAGUUUCAGGAUGCCGAGGAGAUUGGUGCGUUCGAUCUUGCCGACGCGUUCGAGCAGAUGUGGGAAAAGAAGAGAUACAACGAGAUCCUAUUCAUGAUCGACACUUGCCAGGCCAACACCAUGUACAGCAAGCUCUACUCGCCCAACAUUAUCGCCACCGGCUCCUCCGAGCUCGACCAAUCGUCAUACUCGCACCACGCCGACAACGACAUCGGAGUCGCCGUCAUCGACCGCUACACAUACUACAACCUCGAGUUCCUCGAGACCGAGGUGCGCGAUACGAGCAGCAAGAAGACGGUCGGCGACUUGUUCGACAGCUACACGUACGAGAAGAUCCACUCGCACGCGGGCGUCCGCUACGACCUGUUCCGCGGCGGUGCCGACGCAGCGCGGAAGCGGCUCGUGACGGACUUCUUUGGAAAUGUGCAGAACGUCGAGGUUGACGCGGCUAAGAACACGACGGCUCUGGACGAGGAUAUACUCUCGCUCAGCAGGACCAUCGCGGCCCUGAACCGCAAAGCGGAGGAAGAGGAGGCUGCCCUUAAGAAGAAUGCCAGUGGGGAGGCCGAGACGACGCACGUCAGGCAGAAGAAGGUACAGUUCGCGAAGCCCCUGACGGAUGAGAACUGGUGGACCAAGAAGAUUCUCGGGGCCGCCGCGUAUCUCCCCCUUCGGGAAAUCACUGUCAACUCACGGCCACUGGUCAAGCGGGCGAUACAAUUCUCAUGCGAUGGUGACCUCGCCGUCACUGCCGACGAUUCUGUCCAUGUCUUUGUCCCAGAGUUCCCCGACUUGUCAAGGCGCCGAGAAAGGCUGAAGGCCCGCGUAAAUGGUCAGCAAUUCAGCGCCGACGAUACCUCCUCGGAUGAGGAAGAAGACGAGAAUGGGGGCCCGAGAAAUUACAACCAUCAAGCCCUCCGCGCUCAGUACUCCGAGGGUAGCAAGCACAUGCCUGUAUCCUUCCCGCCUUUAGACCCGCGCGUCAAUCGAGAGCUCUUCAUGGCCCAAGACAUUCGCUUCCCCUACGAAGGGGCGGCUGACGCCGAUGUUGUGGAUGCCGACAGCAACGACGACUCUGCGGGCUCCGACGGUGCCUACGACUCGGAGGAUGAAGACGACCAGGGCACCGGUUUGGGUUCCAACCGGCCCUACGGCGCUGGUUAUGGGCCCAUUACCGGAGUUGGAAGCAGCAUGAAUCACGUCGUGGGCAUCGGCUGGUCUCCGUCCGGCCUAGGUGUCAAUCGCCGCCCCAUUCUAGCCGUUUUGACGGGUUCGGGGACGCUCACCAUGUUCGGAGAUGGCAGUGAGUUCGCUAACAUUUUACCGCGCGCCAACGAGGGAAUGCUCCAGCGCCGCGAACUCAACUCGUGGGUUGUCCUUUGGGGCGUCGGUGAACGCUUGAUCGUUCCCGGCCAGCAGACCGAUAUCAGCGAGUAUCUCCGCGGCUUCGCAUGGGCCCGUGAGGUUGCGCCUGGGCAAGCCCUACUUGCGACCAUCAACGACUUGAACGAGGUGGCUAUCAUCAGUGUACAGUGUGCUUUCGUGACGGACGACACCAACUCCAGGGGGGACUUCUCAUUCCGGACAGAACCGCGAGAGAACGUGGUUUGGUUGGUGCGUGAGAUCGCACGCUUCAAAGCGGAAGGGCCUCAUAAAACAACCAACCCAUUGGACCCUGACUAUGUCCCCUUCGGUACCUCGUUUGGUCUGAGAUGGGGUCCUUGGCUCCAAACUAAUGAGUCCCGGACCUGUGCGCUCUCCUUUAUUGACCGAGGCUACGUCGGCUUCCGGAGUAUCACAAUCAAGGAGCCAUGGGUUCGAGGUGAGCUUCCAAGCCUGGAAAUCGGGAGCGACGACAUCUAUGGCAUGUGUGUGCACCUUUCCGUCGACGCAUUUGUAGAGUUCGAGGAUGCUAUAUGGACGCAAGGUCCCGUCAGCUCUUGCAGGGGGCUGAUUGCCACUGGAUUCGACUUGAAGCAGUUCGAAGUAAACCUCCUCGGGGGGCCGCGCCACCAAACGGAGAAACACAGCGUUUGGGACUGCGGCACCGUUUAUCGAGAGGACGCAGAGCAUGCGUCCCAAAAUCCUAUCGCCGACCUUGUCAUCCAUCCCCCUAAUCUUGCCAACCCAACCCCGACUCCGCUUUACACACUCAUCCGCUUGUCUGCCACGGCCACCACUCAUGAUUGGUAUCAGACAAAUGUUCCUGCUUACAAUGAUCCCGCAGUAGACCCGCGCCCGCAAUGGGUACGAACUAUUGCGCAGAAACUCGAAGUCCGAGUUCCCGUCGACAUGCACCUGACACGCAACUACGACGACAGUGGAUCAGAGGGCUCUGGUUCGGGGUCUGAGGAAGAAGACGACGAACUAGACAUGGAUGGCGACCUUGACUCCCUUGGUGAUGAAGAGGACAUUGUUGAUAGUGCCGAGCCCACGGUCCUCGAAAUUCCCGAGAUCCACCCCCACCGCUACCGCCUCCACGGCUUGACCCUCUCCCCAGGGGGCGGUGUCGCCGCGGUCCUCGCUAGCAACCACAGCACACAACGCCCCGAGCGCGGCGGUUGGCACACGGUGAGGUCUAAUGUGCUGUUCGGGCACAAACCCCGGCGUCAACACCAAACCACCGCAGUAUUGCAUCCCGACUACGACCUUCCAAUCGACCCGCAGGUGAUGAACAUGAAGAUGGACAACCACACCCCAGCGGCGAAUCCCGACCACUACAACCGCCUAACAACCGAAGCAAAACUCUUCGAGAACCUCUACGGCGGCGGCCCGGAGGUACCCGGCGUGCACUACCACCCCAUCACCAACCCAACCACCAACCCAACCACCACCAGCACCACCACCACUUCCCCCUCCUCCCCCUCCCCACCCUCCAACGCCACCGACCGCCUCCGCGCCCUCUUCACGCCAGCGCUAGCCACGCAAAAGUGCGACCUGUGCGGCACGCCCGUGGACCGGCGGCGGGGCGGGCUCAGCGGGUGCCGGCACGGCCACUUCUUCGGGACGUGUGCGACGUCCGGGCUCGCCGUGCAGACGCCCGGGGCCACGCGCAGCUGCGGCGCGUGCGGCCUGCGCACGAUGCGCGCCGAGGUGCUCGUCGCCAAGAUGCCCGAGGCGGAGCGGCGGGAGGAGGUGAGAAGGUUGGUCGGGGAGGGGGUCUGUGGUGCGUGCGGGGGUAAGUUUUUGAGUUGA